UGUCAAAUUUUAGUGUGUGAUGUUUAUGUGUCAUUUUCACUUUUAGAUAAGUAUUUAUUUUUAUUCGAUUACGUAUAAUAUUUACUACAUACCAAAAUGGUAACAAAUAGGAAACAAAAAAGCAAUGACCCGAAGACAAGACCUUUAGGAUUUGGCACUUCAGUCCCAAGGUUUGGCAAAGUGACCCUACACCCCAACCUAGACCCCAGCGGACAGUUCAAGCUGCAGGAAGAGGCCUACGAUCCUUGCCGCUACCACCCUAUUCCCAUCCAUGAGAUAUUCGUCGUAAACAAGAACAGAACCGACCCCAAAGACGUAUGGCGCUUCAAAGCCGAAAUGGAAGAUUGGUGCAAAAACCUGGGCUACAGAAACCAGAAAAUUCUGCAAUACCGGCGCUGGAUGCAAUCUGUGGGUGGGCCGGCAUGGUGCCAACCUCAGGACUUGCCCAAAUAUGAAGCUGCCUGCAAAAACGUAGGCUUUGGUAGAGCCCCGCGCUUUAUACCAAAAAAAUGCUUCAUCCCCCCUCCAGGCAUGUACUUCAAAGCCACUCCCUACGAAGCGCCCUACGGCCCUCAUUCUACUUUGUCUUCCUUUGAAUACGGAGAGCCCUGUCGAUUCCCUGAUAGAACUCUCAAUUGGAGCCUUGCUCCUAAUCGUUACACUAUCGUCGACAAAGAUAGCAUCGAACAGAAAUCCAAAAAGCUAGUCUCGCUUCGGGGUCCGUACGAUCUCUUCACGGGGCCGAGAAACGCCAGUACCAUAAUAAGCCACUUUAACGGACGCAAAUAUCCAGCCGCGUCGUGGCCAAUCGCUUUGCCGGGAAGUUUCGAAAAGUUUAAGAAGACUAGAUUAGGUGUGAUGAAUAAAACAGGGAGAGAUAAAUCUUACAAAGGGCGGAACGCUUUGGUGGAUAUCGCAAUGGCACCGCGGAGACCGAGCGACCCAGGGCCAUUAGACACGAACAUCGAUAAGCCUAAAGUGUUUAAGGAGAACAAGCGUGGAUUCAACAGUUCUUACGACCGCCCGCCUGGAUAUCAGCGUACCAUUGUGUGGCCCGGCGUAGGCCGGUACCGGUCUCAACCGAUUAGCUGCGGCAUCAUAGGCCAUGGUCACAAACAUGUGUUCCUGAGCAAGCAACAACGCACAAUUGGCUCUUAUUUACCGGAGCCUAUGAACACUUUCUAAAAAUAGCGUACAUUCAGUAUCACAAGA